AUGACAUCAGUAAUAAUGUCUUUUAGCCAUUACUUUAUGGUAAGACUGAUUACUCUUGUUAUUCUCAUUUUCUUCUUCUUUCCCAUUUUUCCUCUUUCUUCUUCUUUCCCAUUUUUCCUCUUUCUUCUUCUCCACUUUCUUCUUUCUUCUUCUUCUCCACUUUCUUCUUUCUUCUUCUUCUCCACUUUCUUCUUCUUCUCCUCUUUCUUCUUCUUCUCCUCUUUCUUCUUCUUCUCCUCUUUCCUCUUUCUUAUCCUCUUUCCUCUUUCUUAUCCUCUUUCUUCUUCUUCUUCUUUCUCCUCUUUCUUCUUUCUCCUCUUUUUUCUUCUUCUUCUUCUUCUUUCUCCUUCUUUCUCCUCCUUCUUCUUUCUCCUCCUUCUUCUUUCUCCUCCUCCUUCUUUCUCCUCCUCCUUCUUUCUCCUCCUCCUUCUUUCUCCUCCUCCUUCUUCUUCUUCUUCUUCUUCUUUCUCCUCCUCCUUCUUCUUUCUCCUCCUCCUUCUUCUUUUCUUCUUCUUUCCUCCUUCUUCUUCUUCUUUCUCCUCCUCCUUCUUCUUCUUCCUUCUUUUCUCCUCCUCCUCCUUCUUCUUCUUCUUUUCUCCUCCUCCUUCUUCUUCUUCUUCUUUCUCCUCCUCUUUCUUCUUCUUCUUCUUUCUCCUCCUCUUUCUUCUUCUUCUUCUUUCUCCUCUUUCUUCUUCUUCUUCUUUCUCCUUCUUCUUCUUUCUCUUCCUCCUCUUUUCUUCUUCUUCUUUCUCCUCCUCCUUCUUCUUCUUUUUCUCCUCCUCCUUCUUCUUCUUCUUCUUUCUCCUCCUCCUUCUUCUUCUUCUUCUUUCUCCUCCUCCUUCUUCUUCUUCUUCUUUCUCCUCCUCCUUCUUCAUUCUCAUUCUUCUUAAAAUAUUUGUAGCCUGCAUCACAAUCUUUCUAGCCACUGAUCUGUGGAUUGAACAACCAUAUCGCAAGUCUCAGUAUUUUGAUGAUGGUAUCCGCAAGAUUGAUUAUGUUUUGGCGUAUGAGGAUGGGAAGGAGGGAAGUCAUGAAGAAAAUAAAAAAUGGCAAAAAAGAAAACGAUUUGAGGAAAGUCUUCGAAAUCAUGACUUACAAUUGGAAUAUGCAAAGAAAGAUGUUUCUUUUGAUGGAAAGACGAAUUUUGUCAAGAUACAUGCUCCUUGGCAUGUGCUGUGCCAGUAUGCAGAAAUCCUCAAAAUGAAAAUGCCACUUGCGGAAAAUGACAUGGUCGAAAGUGAAUCCUGUUGGAGCAAAUGUCCAAAUCCAUUUGAACUGGAUCCAGAAAUUGUUAAGCCUGAUCCAAACUAUUUCACAGCUCCUUUUAAUCGUGAGAGAAUGGAACAAUAUCAUAUAAAAAACAAAGAAACUUUUUUCACUGAUGCUCAAAGAAGUCGCAUUGUGUAUGAAAUUCUUUCAAGAGCUGAAUUUGAGGAUUUGGGUUCUGACAGGAAAAAAUUUGGUAUUAAACGGCUUCAGGGCAAUGCCUACAUCGCAGCCUUUCCACUUCAUGCGGGUCCAUAUAAAUCUGACCACUCUAUUUAUGCAAGUGGUUCCUUAAAUGACAGACAUUUGCUGUAUGAAAUGUGGGCUCGCCCUAAAAUGUGGUACAAAUAUCAACCUUUGGAUAUUGUUAGGAGAUAUUUUGGCGAAAAAAUUGGAAUCUAUUUUUUUUGGUUGGCUUACUACACAAAUAUGUUAAUUCCUGCUGCCAUAGUGGGUGUGGCUGCAUUUUUCUAUGGUAUUUUCACAAUGAUGUCUGAUGUUCCAAGUAAUGAGAUAUGUAGUUCUAACAAAUCUGGCAACCUCAUUAUGUGCCCUUUGUGUGAUGAAUUUUGUAACUAUUGGCACCUUAAAUCAAGUUGUUCUUAUUCACGGGCCUCCUACCUGUUUGAUAAUGCUGCGACAGUGUUUUUCGCUGGAUUUAUGUCUCUGUGGUCGGUCUUCUUCAUUGAGUUCUGGAAAAGGCAUCAAAAAGAAAUUGAAUAUGACUGGGAUGUUUCAAAUUUUGAAGAUGAAGAGGAAACUAUCCGACCAGAAUUUGAAGCUACGGUGACCAGGAAGCGUAUUAAUCCCAUCAAUAAGGCAGAAGAACCUUAUGUUCCAUUUUGGAGCAAGAUGAUACGUUAUUCUACUGCAGCUGUUGUUAUAUUGUUUAUGGUAAACUUGUCCUCUCUCUCUCUCUCGCCCCCCACCUUGCAGCCUUGUCCUCUCUCUCUCUCUCGUCCCAGCGCUACUUGCAGCCUUGUCUCUCUCUCUCGUCCCCCCCUACUUGCAGCCUUGUCCUCUCUCUCUCUCGCUCGCCCCCCCCCUUGCAGCCUUGUUCUCUCUCUCUCCCCCCACCUUGCAGACUUGUCCUCUCUCUCUCUCUUGCCCCCCCACCUUGCAGACUUGUCCUCUCUCUCGCCCCCCACUUGCAGACUUGUCCUCUCUCGCUCCCCCCCCCUUGCAGCCUUGUCCGCUCUCUCGAACGCCCCACCUUGCAGACUUGUCUUCUCUCGCUCCCGCCACCUUGCAGUCUUCUCUCUCUCCCAUGAAGCCUCAGCCUUGCUUUGCUUGGUCAUUGGAGCUGUCAUUGGAGUCAUUGUCUACCGAAUUGUUAUUAUUGCAGUAUUUGCAAAACAGGAAAUUAUCAGUCAAAGAGCCCCUUUACUGACAACAGCAACUGCAUCAGUCAUCAACUUAAUUGCCAUCCUUAUCCUCAAUUUGAUUUACAAGAAGCUUGCUUGUGCUUUGACCAACCUUGAGCAACAUCGAACACAGACAGAAUGGGAAGAUGGGUUUACCUUAAAAAUGUUUCUCUUCCAGUUUGUCAACUACUAUUCUUCCAUUUUCUACAUUGCAUUCCUUAAAGGCAGGCUUAGCGGAUCUCCAAAUGAUUACAAAUACUUGAACAAUGAGAGGCUGGAAGAGUGUCACCCAUCUGGUUGUCUGAUUGAACUUUGUAUCCAACUUGGAGUAGUAAUGGUUGGCAAACAAGCCUUCAACAAUUUCGUGGAACUUCUGUGGCCGAAAAUCCUGAAUUGGAUCCAAUCUCGCACCAUCCGUGAUGCUGAAAAGCAUCAUCACUCACAUAUUCCUAAACAAUGGGAAAGAGAUUACGUAAUGACAGAACUACAGCCUCUUGGAUUGUUUUAUGAAUACCUGGAAAUGGUUCUCCAAUUUGGAUUUGUCACUAUUUUUGUUGCUGCUUUUCCAUUGGCGCCAUUAUUUGCAUUAAUAAAUAACAUCAUCGAAAUCCGUCUGGAUGCCUACAAAUUUGUUACUCAACUCCGUCGCCCCCUUGCUGCCCGUGCCCAAGACAUUGGUGUGUGGUAUGGAAUUUUAAAGAGCAUUUGCAUCAUUGCAGUCAUUUCCAAUGCCUUCAUUAUUGCAGUGACAUCAGAUUUCAUUCCAAAAUUGGUGUACAAAGUGGAAAAAACCUCUGGUCAUGACUUGACUGGUUAUAUCAACUUCAGUUUAUCUGUGUUUGAUGUCAAGGAUUUUCCAAAUAGAAGUCGGCCACUCUUUGAUAAAAACAUCACAGAAUGCAGAUAUCGAGACUACAGAUAUCCUCCAUCAUCUCCUAAUAAAUAUCAAUAUACAAUCAUGUUUUGGCAUAUAUUGGCUGCAAGAAUGGCCUUUGUUAUUGUCUUUGAGAAUUUCAUUGUUAUGCUGUCUUGGUUCAUUGCCUAUCUCAUUCCGGAUAUUCCUUAUGCUGUGAAGAUCCAAAUUCUGAGAGAGAAUUAUUUGGUGAAGGAAGCCCUGUUCAAAGCUGAAGCCAACAAAAGAGCAAAGGCCAAAGCUGAGGAGACAAAACAAGACUAA